AUGAAGCUCUUCUCUGGUAGCGUUAUUCUCAUCGCUGCCCUGGUGGCAUGCUGCUUCCUGCAAAUCGUGCAAGGCGCUCAGAUGCCCCAUAUCCGUCGAUCUCUCGACACCACUGCUCAUGGCACCACCUCUGUGACCCAACUUGCCCGCAGGUGGUGGUUCGGCUUCAGCGGCUCGCUCGGCCGCGUGCAGGGUCAUCCCGGGGAGAUGGUGGUCGUCACCUCGGACGGAAUGAUCCAUAGACACCCCGCAGGCACUGCCGAAACGCAGCGCUGGCUCAACUAUCUCCAGCGCAAGGGCGUCAAGUAUGUCGUCGUCGACGAGGGCGGUAAGACCAACUGA